CACAAUUUUCGCAACGUACUGCAUGACGUAAAUGUUAAUGGGUCACUGGCAUUAUUAAAAUGCGCAUAGAAGUCACGAAACGAAAAUUACUAAAAGGAGGAGCAGGCACAGCUUGCUGUUUUGUUUUUAAACAUUAAAGUUAUUAAACAUCGUUGUCGUUCACGCAUGAUUUAUUUCACGUGAUGUCUUUAAAUCCCACUGAUUUAGAUUAAGUGCUAGCAAAGUUUCGUUUUCGGAGAAGCGAGAGCUAUACGAGUAGAUAUAGUCAUGCGUCCGCUCAGCUGUUUACAGUCUCGUUUUUACUUCUCUGACUGAGACCAGGAGCCGACACGAAUGUCAUGGACAGACAGCGCUGGCUCUCAAUCUAUCUUUUGCAAUGGCUUUUGAUUUGUGUCGGCUCCUCACCCCUCUCAUUGGUUAUCCACACAUCAUCUAAAGUGGGUUUCCCGGCCGUACUGCCAUGCACAGUGACAUCACUACUGGAGGGAGCUAAAACACCCCACAUCCAAUGGCAGACCGUCCAGGACUCAGUCUUUGAGAGGAUGGGAGAGGAGCUGUUUCAGGGAAAUGCUUAUAGGGAGCGUGCCGAUGUCCCGGAGGCGAUGCUCUUGAGGGGAAACUGCUCUCUCUUCCUGCAGGACGUCCGAUUCAGCGACACAGGAAUUUAUGAUAGUUAUCUGGUGGUCGGUGAAUCGAGUAUCCAGAAUCGAAUAUUCAUUCAGAGCGUCCAACUCACAGUUGUUGAUCACAAGAGCAUCAAGUCCGUAGAGGUUGGGGGUGACCUGAUAUUGGACCUGUACACACAUCAAGCACAGAUGGUGAUUUUUCAGGACAAAAAUGGCACAUCGUGGACAGUCGUGUGGGAUAGAGACGGAGGCAAAAACAACAUGGGUCAUCUACAUAACAACAGGCUGAUUAUCAGGAACGUUACGGCCCGCAGCGCCGGCAUGUAUAAAGUGUUGGACUCACAGGGAUUGGGACUCAGUACGGUCAAGGUCUCAGUCACAGAACGUGUGAUACCCAGAGAAUCAUUGGUUUUGGAAAGUAAAGCAGCAUCGGGUAGAGGUUCAAUGAGUAUUCCUUUUCAAAAGAUCAUUAUUCUUUCACUUGCAUUUCAUCUUGUCCUGCUACUGAAUUGAAUGGUUGAAAGUUGUGUUGUGUACUUAUCAAAUCGUUUUCUGCUGUUGCAUCUAUUUAUCUCAUAACUUUUAAAAAAGUAAUUGUGAAUCUGUAUAGUUUAUAGCAGGUGUUUUGAUGAUGUAUGCCGUUUGAGGAAACUCUCUAUGUAGCAUAGCUGUAUCUAAGAUUGCGUGUGUACCUACUUUACUGAUCACCAAAUAUCAUCAAUACAAAUUUGUGUAUUUCAUUAUUUUGAAACACAAAACCAUUUCUCACCGUAAAUUUUUUCAACAAACUAAUUACUUGCACUUUUCUUACAGAAUUUAUUAAUGGAUAAAAUCCAGUCAAAAAUAAACAACAUCAAAAUACAUUUAGCAUUUCUGUUUUAUAGAGAUAUAAUAGUUUUGUUACAUUCUUUCAUUUAAAAAAGUGUUUCAUUUUAAAGCAAAUGUUCACCUGCAAAAUGAAAAUUCUGUCAUUAUUUACACGCCCUCUUGUCACUUUAAACCUGUAUGACGUUUGAAACCAAAUCUGAAAAAGUGAAAUACGCUACCUGUGGACAAACAGGAACAAAGAUAGUUUUUUUGGCAUUGAUUAUUUACGUCUUUUAACAGCUCUAAAAAAAACAAUUGAUGACUAAGUUAAAAUAGUAAUACCAGAUCCUGAUGCGGCUAAACAUUGCAUUAUUGAUCACUGGAUUGACAUUAAAAGCUUCAAAUGGUCCAAAUGACUAGAACUUGAAUCCCCUAAUGCAUUCUGAAAACCUCAGAAAUCCGCUUUGGUGUCUAUAUAAAUUUGUUUGUGUAAAUGACUCCAGUCUUCAAAGCAUUUCACACCAUAUUUACAAAGAGAGCUUAAUUAACAAUGUGUCUCUUUGAACCUUACACUUUGUACAGAAAAUGGAACGGGGGUUAAAUAAAUCUUUAUCCCAUAGA